AUGUCGAGUGGUCGGAACACUCACUGGUGUCACAGAUGUCAACGUGGUGUUUGGCUUCGUGGUAGAGAUUCUGUCUGUCCCUAUUGUGGAGGAGGAUUCGUUGAGGAAAUCGAUGUAGGACCGGGCAUUGAUAUCCUUAGAGCUCACAGGGAUGUUGAACGUGAUUCAACCUUUGAUCUCAUGGAAGCUUUCUCAGCCUUCAUGAGAAGCCGCUUAGCUGAAAGAAGCUAUGACCGAGAGAUCAGUGCGAGAGUUGGCUCUGCAGGCUCCGAGAGCUUUUCAAGUAUAGCUCCUCUAUUGAUCUUCGGUGGCCAAGCUCCCUUUAGAUUGGCUGGUGGAGACAGCAAUUCAGUCGAAGCCUUGUUCAACGGGUCACCUGGAAUUGGUAUCACUCGCGGCGGCAACACCAACGCCGGAGACUACUUCUUCGGACCAGGUCUUGAAGAACUCAUCGAGCAGCUUUCGUCGGGCACUCAUCACCGUGGUCCACCGCCUGCACCAAGAUCAUCGAUCGAUGCGUUGCCUACCAUCAAGAUCACACAGAAGCAUCUCAAGUCAUCAGACUCUCACUGCCCGGUUUGCAAAGACGAGUUCGAGCUUAAAUCAGAAGCGAAACUGAUGCCAUGUAACCAUAUCUAUCAUUCUGACUGCAUCGAAGAAGAGAAGCCGAGUUCGAGUGUUCAUCCAGAGUCUCUUAUUGGAAAACGGGUAAGUGAAAGAUUGCCUGAUGAAGAUGAUUCCCCCACGAACAAGAAAGUGAAACUUGACCAACUCCAGAAACAGGUUUACGGCGAUGUUAACGCAGAGUCUCCAGCACUAUCCAGCUCAAGGGAGUUGAUCAUGCAAGACCUAAUGGACGAAAGCAACAGUACCCACGAAGCUCAGAUCGCGAUUGAUGAUAAAAUCAAAACUGUUACACCAUUGAGAAAGGAGUCAAAAUACAAAGGUUUGCCUGAGUGUUUCGAAUUUCGUCCAGAAGAUGAUGAGAUGGUAAAAUAUUAUUUGAAGAAAAAAGCUCAAGGACACCCAAUGAACAGGCCCGAAGAGUGUCAUGAUAUCCUCUCAAAACCUCCUCGUGAUUUGCCUGACUAUCCAGAAGAAACGCAUUGGUAUUACUUCUGCAAGAAACCUAACGGCCAAGACCCUCAAAAUCUCUGGACACAAAUCGGUAAAGCUAGUAUCGUGGUCGAUCCACAGGGAAAUCGUGUCGGUAUCAAGCGUGCCUUUACUCUCACUGAGCAGGAAGAAGAAGAAUCAUGUGAUAUCUAUUUGUCCGACGAAGAAGAGCCUCCAAGAGAAGAAUGGUUCCUGGAUGAAAUUAGUCUCCUGCCGACUGUUGCAGUUACUGACUGGGUUAUGUGCCAUGUCUUUCUUGAGAGGAGGGAGAAGAAGAACGAAGAAAGUGUUGAGUACGACGAAGAAAAUGAUGAUUCCGACGAAUAA